AAGAAUCGCUCGGUUGUCUAGUACGGAAUCUCAAGAUGGCGUCGAGUGGAGGAGAUGGAGAACCGGACUGGGCUGCUGAUGUACGACCGCUUUUAUCAGCUUCGUACACAGCUUUUGAAACGAAAGAGCUACCUCAGCUUAUAGGAUCUAUAAUAAACAGUGAAUCUGAGAUCCUACACCAUGAUAAACAGUAUGAGCCAUUCUACUCGUCCUUUGUGGCACUCUCUGCUCAUUACAUCACCACAGUCUGUGGACAAAUCCCCAGAAACCAGUUGCUGUCAGUAGCAGCAGCCUGUAAAGUAUUGAUUGAGUUCUCACUGCUGCGACUGGAGAACCCUGACGAAGCAUGCGCAGUCUCACAGAAACACCUGAUCCUCUUAAUAAAAGGGUUGUGUACCGGCUGUAGCCGCCUGGACAGAACUGAGAUCAUCACCUUCACAGCCAUGAUGAAGUCGGCCAAACUUCCCCAGACCGUCAAGACACUCUCCGACGUGGAGGACCAGAAGGAGGUGCUGUCUCCAGUGAACCCUGAGCUGCGACACAAGGAAGUACAGAUGAACUUCUUCAAUCAGCUGACCUCCGUGUUCAACCCUGACCUCACCGUGCUGGCCUCUCCCUCAGGACGCACACAGGCGGAGAGUGAGAGUGAGGACCAGGCGACGACAGACCAGACCUUCCAGGCCAAAAUGAAGAAUGCCUUUGUGUCCCAGAACGUGUCCAGUCUCCAGGAACUGGGCGGGUCGGAGAAGUUGCUACGUGUCUGCCUCAACCUCCCUUACUUCCUGCGCUAUAUCAACCGGUUCCAGGACGCCGUCUCGGCCAACUCCUUCUUCAUCAUGCCCGCCACCGUCGGAGACGCAACUGCUGUCCGCAACGGGUUCCACUCCCUGGUGAUAGAUGUGGCCAUGGCCCGGGACACCUUGUCCUUGCCUGUCCUGGAGCCCCUGACUCCUGGGAGACUUCUGGACAUGACUGUGUUGGCACUCAGCUGCCUCUACGCAGGGAUGUUGGUACAGAAAUGUCUGGACAUCUACGAAAUGAUCGGCCAGGCCAUCAGCAGCUCCCGCAGAGCUGGAGGAGAGCAUUACCAGAACUUCCAGCUGCUGGGGGCGUGGUGUCUGCUGAACAGCCUCUACCUGAUCCUCAACCUGAGUCCCACGACCCUGGCUGACAAGGGCAAGGAGAAAGACCCUCUGGCCGCUCUCAGGGUCCGAGACAUAGCCGCCCGCACCAAGGACGGAGCAGGCUCCCCUAAACUGGGCCCGGCCAAAGGACAUCAAGGCUUUGGUGUCCUGUCAGUGAUCCUGGCGAACCACUCCAUCAAACUGCUCACCUCCCUUUUCCAAGACCUGCAGGUGGAGGCUUUGCACCGGGUCAGUGCAGGUUGGGCCAGUGACGGUCCCCCAGCAGAACUCAACAUCAUGGCGCAGAACACCUCCACCCAGAGGGUUCAGAGACUCCUGGACUCUGUUCCCCUUACCAACCUGCUGUUCAACCUUCUGUCCACCUCAUACAAGAAGGCCUGUGUCCUGCAGCGUCAGAGGAAAGGCUCGGUGAGCAGUGAUGCCAGUGCCUCGACAGACUCCAACACCUACUAUGAAGAUGACUUCAGCAGCACAGAGGAAGACAGCAGUCAAGAUGACGACAGCGAGCCCAUCUUGGGCCUGUGGUUCGAGGAGACCAUCUCGCCAACUAAAGACAAGGUGGCCCCCACCACCUCCCCCACCCCCCCCUUGGAGACCUCUCCCAGACUGAAGAGCCCCUCCAAGCAGAACGCAGGAGAGAACGGGAACAUCCUGGCCGGACGCAAGGACCCCGAGCUGUUCCUGAGCCUGGCCUCCAGCAUCCUGAACUUCAUCACCACCUCCAUGCUAAAAUCCAGGAACAACUUCAUCAGGAACUACCUGUCUGUCUCGCUGACAGAACAGCACAUGGCCACGCUAGCCAGCAUCAUCAAGGACGUCGACAAAGACGUCAAAGGUUCCUCAGAUGAAGAGUUUGCCUCUGCUCUGUAUCUCUUCAACCAUACGCUAGUGACAUCAGACCUACCCUCUCCAGCCCUGCAGAAUACCCUGCUGCAGCAGUUGGGCGUAGCUCCGUUCUCUGAGGGUCCGUGGCCCUUGUACAUCAACCCUCAGUCCCUGUCGGUGCUCUCCAGAGUCCUGCUCAUCUGGCAGCACAAGGCCUCUCUGCAGGGAGACCCAGACGUACCUGAGUGUAUAACGAUCUGGGAGAGGUUUGUGGGCACCUUGAAGCAGCACACCAUCCAGGGCUCUGUCCCCGGAGAUGAGGACCUGAAUGUGGAGCACCUCCAGCUCCUGCUGCUCCUCUUCCACAACCUGUCUGAGAGGGGGAGGCGUGCCGUGCUCACCCUGGUCACCCAGGCCAUCACAGAGGUGGCGGGUGCCCAGCAUCAGGAGGCCCAGCUCAAAGUCGUACCCCUCAACCUGGCCCGCAUACUGCUGGUUCUCGACUACCUGUUGCACCAGUACUCGAAGGUUCCUAUGUACCUCUUCCAACAGGUCCAGUAUAAUCUGCUGACCCCUCCGUGGUCAGGCCAGGGUUCAGUCCAGGACGGGUCCAAGCGCAGCGCCCUGCCGCUCUACUGCGGCUUUAAAGAGGUGGAGGAGAACUGGUCUAAGCACUGCUCGGCAGGUAGGAAUUCCACAGUAGUGCAGCCCAAAUUCUUCGUCCUGUCACCCGAAGCGUCAGAGGACGACAAGCAGACUUUCAGCAAGGUGUUCCAGAAGCUGUUCAACGUGAAGUAUAAUGAGCUUUGGCAUGUCUGUCUCCUGCUCUCUGCCGGCUCUCACUUUGACACAGCCAGGAGACAGGAGAACAAGCCCAUCACACCUAUGGAGGCAUGCUCCCUGCAGUACUACUUCCUGGUGCUGUGGAGGAUCCUUUUGCCUAGUCCCUCUAAGGCAUACAUGGAGCAGCUGAAGGAUGCUGGAGAACCCAGUGAGAGUGACAUUCUCCACACCCUGGGCUGGUCCUCACGACUCAGAGUCCCCACAUAUGUCAACUGGAUCAAGGAGCAUCUGGUGACUCAGGGGAUGAAGGGAGACCAAGCUUCGUCUCUGAUCGAGGUGGCUUCCUCCAGAUGCAGCACCGUCAAGUAUGACGUGGAGCUGGCUGAAGAGUACAUCGCUAGACAGAUCUCAGCGUUCUCCUGUGUGGACCCCAGCUCCAUCCUGCCCUUGUACCAGGUCCCCUCCCUACAGGCCAUCUAUACUCUGGACGCCGUCAUCUCCAAGGUCCAGGUGUCUCUGGACGAACAUUUCUCCAAGGUGGCGGCGGAGACGGACCCUCUCAAGCCCUCGGAGAUCACCAAAAACCUGCUGCCCGCUACACUGCAGCUCAUAGACGUGUACACAGCCUUCACCAGGUCCUACCUUCUGAUGAGCCUACCAGAGGAAGGAGAGAACAAGCUGUCAGAGGCUAAACUUCAGGGUUACGCCGCAGUGUUGUCUAUAGGCUCCAUGCGCUGCAAAGCCAACCUGCUCGGUACGGGGCUGGCCUUCACUGUGCCCCCCUUCACUGUAGCGGAGGUGGUUUUACUGAUCCACCGCUCCUUCACUGUGUGUUCCUUCACUGAGGCUGUUCGCUUUAAACAGGGUGCCUUCACUGUGUGUUCUGGGAUUCAGCCUGUUCCCAUGGCUCUGGCCAUGGCUGUCACACUCAAACACAUCCUCCUCCCUCUGGUCCGCCUCACCGGAGACCUCAUUGUGACUGAAGAGUUGAACCCUCCCCAGGUGGUACAUGCCCUGCUCCCCCUCCUCUUGGAGAGCAGCACGGAGAGCGUAGCUGAGAUCUGCUUGACCUCGCUAGAGCGUAUCCUGGGUCCCGCUGAGUCGGACACCUUCCUGUCCCACGUCUACCAGAGACUGGUCACAGGAUGCUACAACAUCAUCGCCAACCACUCCGACCCCAACAGUGGUCUGGAUGAGUCUGUGUUGGAGGAGUGUCUGCAGUAUCUGGAGAGACAGCUGGAAAGCAGCCAAGUGUGCAAGGCCAUGGAGGACUUCUUCUCCUUCAGUGGAGAACUGGUUCAGAUCAUGAUGGCUACAGCCAAUGAAAACCUAUCUGCUAAAUUCUGCAACCGGGUGCUGAAAUUCUUCACCAAACUCUUCCAGCUCACGGAGAAGAGUCCCAACCCCAGCCUGUUGUGUCUGUGCGGCUCCCUGGCCCAGCUGGCGUGUGUAGAGCCGUCCAGACUGCAGUCGUGGCUCAGCCGCAUGACGGCCACGCCCCCCAAGGACUCGGAGCAUCUGGAGACGGUGCAGGAGAACAGGGCGCUGCUACAGGUGCUCACCACGCACAUUGUCAGGGACAACAGCCAGGUGGGCGAGGGCGUGUGCACCGUCCUGCUCUCCACCCUCAUCCCCAUGGCAACGGAUAUGCUGGCCAAUGGGGACGGCGCUGGCUUCCCGGAACUCAUGGUGAUCAUGGCGACCCUAGCCAGCGCCGGUCAGGGGGCGGGGCAUCUGCAGCUGCAUCGCGCUGCCAUCGAUUGGCUGACCAGAUGCAAAAAGUACCUGACCCAGAAAAAUGUUGUGGAGAAAGUGAGCGCAAACGUUUCCCAGGGCAAACAUGCCAGCAUACUGGAGUGCUCCUGCCAUAUCAUCUCCUACCUGGCUGAUGUGAUGAACGCCCUGAGACAGAGCAGUGGCCAGGGCUCCUCCGUGCUGCUGGUUGAUGGAGAGGAGAAGGCUGUAGAGGUGGACUCAGACUGGGUUGACGAGUUGGCUGUGGAGGACGAUGACUCACAGGCUGAGGACUCUGAUGAAGACUCCCAGUGCAAUAAGCUGUGCACCUUCACCAUCACCCAGAAGGAGUUCAUGAACCAGCAUUGGUACCACUGUCACACGUGUAAGAUGCUGGACGGGGUAGGUGUGUGUACAGUGUGCGCCAAGGUCUGUCACAAAGACCAUGAGAUCUCCUAUGCCAAAUAUGGCUCUUUCUUCUGUGACUGCGGGGCCAAGGAGGACGGUACCUGUCAGGUGAGACCGAAUACCUCAGGUCACCAUGGGAAGAGAACCACUGCGGCCCUGGUGAAGCGCAGCCCCAGCAGCGGCACCAUGAAGGAGUCGUCAGCCUUCCAGAGUGAACUGAGGAUGCCUGAGAUCCGCCAUCAGAGCAGCCUGGGCUCGAGCGACAAGGACAAGGUGACCAUCUGUGAGGGCAAGCCUGGCGACGAGGACCGUCCCAAGAAGAGCAGCGUCUGUAAGAACAUCGAGGGAUGCCAGGAGGAACUGCUGGCACAAGUGUCUGGCUCCUCCACGGCGGCCGUGGUUCUGGAGAUGCUGAUCUUCCUGAUGGAUGCCAUCCAGACGAACUUCCAGCAGGCCUCCGCUGUAGGCAGCAGCAGCCGAGCUCAGCAGGCCCUCAACGAGCUACACACUCAGGACAAGAGUGUUGAGAUGACUGACCAACUGAUGGUCCCUACCCUCGGUUCCCAGGAGGGAGCUUUUGAGAACGUGCGUAUGAACUACAGUGGAGACCAGGGCCAGACCAUCAGACAGCUCAUCAGCGCCCACGUGCUGCGACGCGUCGCCAUGUGUGUGUUGUCUUCGCCCCACGGGCGCCGCCAGCACCUCGCCGUCAGCCACGAGAAGGGCAAGAUCACCGUCCUGCAGCUGUCGGCUCUACUAAAGCAGGCUGAUUCCAGUAAGAGGAAGUUAACCCUGACUCGUCUGGCCUCGGCCCCCGUCCCCUUCACCGUGCUCAGCCUCACUGGGAACCCCUGCAACGAAGACUAUCUGGCUGUCUGUGGACUCAAGGACUGCCACGUGUUGACGUUCAGUAGUACAGGGUCAGUGUCAGAACACCUGGUGCUGCACCCUCAGCUGGCUACUGGGAACUUCAUAAUCAAGGCUAUCUGGCUGCCUGGCUCCCAGACGGAGCUGGCCAUCAUCACGGCGGACUUCGUCAAGAUCUAUGACCUGUCAGUGGACGCUCUGAGCCCUGUGUACUACUUCCUGCUGCCGAGCUCCAAGAUCCGUGACGCCACCUUCCUGUUCAACGAGGAAGGGAAGAGCAUCAUCGUCAUCAUGUCCUCUGCUGGCUACAUGUACACACAGGUCAUGGACGAGUCGUCCAGCGCCCAACAUGGGCCCUUCUACGUUACCUCAGUCCUGGAGAUCAGCCACCAGGACCUUAAGGACAGUAACGGUCAGGUUGCUGGCGGCGGUGUAUCGGUGUACUACAGCCACGUUCUCCAGAUGCUGUUCUUCAGCUACAGCCAGGGCAAGUCGUUUGCUGCCACCGUCAGUCGCAGCACCACUGACGUACAGAGACUCUUCACCAUCAACGUCAAAGGCUCCAAUGGGGGCAGUAAGACGUCUCCAGCUCUGUGCCAGUGGUCUGAGGUGAUGAACCACCCAGGCCUGGUGUGCUGCGUCCAGCAGACUACUGGUAUCCCACUGGUCAUCAUGGUCAAACCUGACACCUUCCUCAUCCAGGAGAUCAAGACCCUGCCCGCUAAGGCUAAGAUCCAGGACAUGGUAGCUAUCCGUCACACAGCGUCUAACGAGCAGCAGCGAACCACCAUGAUCCUGCUGUGUGAGGACGGCUCUCUGAGGAUCUACAUGGCUAACGUAGACAACACCUCCUAUUGGCUCCAGCCCUCCCUGCAGCCCUGCUCCGGCAUCUCCAUCAUGAAGCCUGUCAGGAAACGCAAGGCUGCUGCAGCAACCACUCGUACCUCCAGUCAGGUGACCUUCCCGGUGGACUUCUUUGAGAGUAACCAACAGCUGACGGAGGUGGAGUUUGGAGGCAACGACCUCCUGCAGGUUUACAACGGACAGCAGAUCAAACACAGACUCAACUCCACUGGGAUGUAUGUCGCCAACACUAAGCCGGGAGGCUUCACCGUGGAGACGGUCAACAACAACAUCUCCAUGGUGAUGACAGGCAUGCGGGUGCAGGUGGGCACGCAGGCCAUCGAGCGGGCACCCUCCUACCUGGAGAUCUUUGGGCGAACCAUGCAGGUGAACAUGACCCGGCCCCGCUGGUUCGACUUCCCCUUCACCAGGGAGGAGGCUCUGCAGGCCGACAAGAAACUCUCCAUCUUCUUCGGAGCGUCAGUUGACCCGGCGGGUGUCACUAUGCUGGACUCGAUAAAGAUCUAUGGUAAAACCAAGGAGCAAUUUGGCUGGCCUGACGAGCCCCCCGAGGACUUCCCCUCGGCCUCCGUCAACAACGUGUGCUCUCCCAACCUCAACACCGGCAACGGCACCGGCGAAGGGGACAUCGCCACACCAGCCUCCACCGGCGGCACCGUGCUGGAGAGGUUGGUGGUGAGCUCCCUGGAAGCUCUAGAGAGCUGUUUUGCUAUGGGCUCCUCCAAUGAAAAGGAGAAGAACAAGGCUGCGGCGUUGGAGUUAGCGACCCUUCUCCUGUCCAUGGCGACUCCCUCUGGGGUCCAGCAACAGACCAAGGGCCUCCUGGCCAGCCUGCACACCAGCCGUACGGCCUACCACAACCACAAGGACCAGUCCCUGUUGAGCAACGCGGUGCAGUGUCUGAACAGCUGUAGUCGUGACAGCAGAGACCUGGACCCUGAGUUGUUCCAGCGACUGGUGAUCACGGCACGCUGCAUCGCCAUCAUGAGACCCAAUAACCUGGUGCACUUCACUGAGACCAAACCUUCUAGUGUCGAUACAGAGAUGACUGAGGAGGGCCAGAAACAGAUGGACAGUGAGGGAUGUAACUUCAUCAUGCAGCUGGUCAAUAACUUCUGGAAGCUCCAUGCCCUCAAACCAAAGAACGCUUUCCUGGCCCCUGCCUGUCUGCCAGGUCUGACCCACAUUGAAGCGACAGUGAACGCAUUGGUGGACGUCAUCCAUGGGUUCUGUACCUGCGAGCUGGACUACAUUAACGUGGCCUCCAAGAUCUACAUGCAGAUGCUACUGUGUCCCGACACGUCUGUUAGCUUCGCCUGUAAGCAGGCCCUGAUCCGAGUACUCCGACCCAGGAACAAACGCCGUCACGUGACUCUUCCUUCUCCCCCUCGCUCCAACACACCCAUGGGAGACAAAGACGAUGAUGAUGAGGAUGAUGUUGAUGACAAGAUGCAGCCGUCGGGGCUGACGGGAGGAGAGGGGGGCAGGCAGGAGAGUCAGGAGCAGGGUGAGGUCGACCAUGGCGACUUUGAGAUGGUGGUGAGUCUCUUUGAGAUGGUGUCCGAGUCCAUGGUUCUGGAGACUGUGGAGAAUGUGAACAAUGGAAACCCAUCUCCCCUGGAGGCUCUUCUGGCCGGUGCCGAGGGCUUCCCCCCGAUGCUGGACAUUCCUCCAGACGCCGACGACGAGACCAUGGUGGAGCUGGCCAUCGCUCUGAGUCUCCAGCAGGACCAGCAAGGCAGCAGCAGCAGUGCCCUAGGUCUCCAGUCUCUCGGUCUGUCAGGUCAGGCUCCCAGCUCUUCUUCUCUGGACGCCGGCACCCUGUCAGACACCACCGCAUCAGCCCCAGCAUCAGACGACGAGGGGAGUACAGCCGCCACGGACGGUUCUACGCUACGGACCUCUCCGGCCGAGCACGGGGGCAGCGUGGGGUCAGAGAGCGGGGGGUCUGCCAUCGACUCAGUGGCAGGAGAACACAGUGUGUCGGGCCGCAGCAGUGCGUACGGGGACACGACCGUUGAGGGCCACCCAGCAGGACCAGGUAGUGUGAGCUCCAGCACAGGGGCCAUCAGCACCACCACAGCCCAGCAGGAGGGAGAUGGAUCGGACGGAGACGCAGAGACAGAGGGGGACAUCCACACCAGCAACAGACUCCACACGGUGCGUCUGGUGCUGCUGGAGCGACUCCUACAGCACCUGCCCCAGCUGGACAGUGUAGGAGGAGUCCACGCUAUCCCUUACAUGCAGGUGGUCCUGAUGCUGACCUCUGACCUGGAUGGAGAAGAUGACAAGGACAAGGGAGCUCUGGACGACCUGUUGGCUCUACUCAUCGCCGAGCUGGGCAUGCACAAGAAGGACGUGUCCAAGAAGAACGAGCGCAGCCCCAUCAACGAGGUCCAUCUGGUCAUCAUGAGACUGCUCUCUGUGUUCAUGUCCAGAACCAAGUCUGGAUCUAAGUCUUCCUCUGAGUCGUCCUCUCUGAUCUCCAACGCCACGGCCACAGCCCUGCUCAGUCAGGGGGCGAUAGACUACUGUCUCCACGUCCUCAAGUCUCUGCUGGAGUUCUGGAAGAGCCAGCAGGAAGAGGAGGAGUCUGUGGCAGCCUCCCAGCUCCUCAAACCUCACACCUCCUCCUCUCCUCCAGACAUGAGCCCCUUCUUCCUGAGGCAGUACGUCAAGGGUCAUGCUGCUGAUGUGUUUGAGGCCUACUCCCAACUUCUGACUGAGAUGGUUCUGAGAUUACCUUAUCAGAUCAAGAAGAUCGCUGACACCAACCCCCGCAUCCCGCCUCCCGUCUUCGACCACUCCUGGUUCUACUUCCUGUCUGAGUACCUGAUGAUUCAGCAGACUCCGUUCGUGAGACGCCAGGUCAGGAAGCUGCUCCUGUUCAUCUGUGGUUCAAAGGAGAAGUACCGUCAGCUCCGGGACCUGCACACGCUGGACUCUCACGUCCGCGGCAUCAAGAAGCUCCUGGAAGAACAGGGCAUCUUCCUCCGCGCCGGCGUCGUCACGGCAACCUCCGGCUCCGCCCUGCAGUACGACACGCUCAUUAGUCUGAUGGAGCACCUGAAGGCCUGUGCUGAGAUAGCCACCCAGAGGACCAUCAACUGGCAGAAGUUCUGUAUGAAGGAUGACUCCAUACUGUACUUCCUACUACAGGUCAGCUUCCUGGUAGAUGAGGGAGUGUCUCCGGUGCUCCUCCAGCUGCUAUCCUGUGCUCUGUGUGGCAGCAAGGUCCUGGCUUCCUCUUCCUCCUCCUCUUCCUCCGGAGGAGGGUCUGGGGGCACUGGGACUCAGUCCUCUCAGAGCAAGUCCUCAAGCAAGAAGAGCAAAAAGGAGGACAAGGAGAAAGACAAAGAAGGUGACGGUGUGGGUAGCCAGGAGGACCAGCUGUGUACUGCUCUGGUCUCUCAGCUCAACAAGUUUGCCGACAAAGAGACUCUGAUUCAGUUCCUCCGCUGCUUCCUGCUCGAGUCCAACUCCUCUGCCGUGCGCUGGCAAGCCCACUGUCUCGCACUGCAUAUCUACAGAAACUCCAGUAAGUCUCAACAGGAGCUGCUGUUAGACCUGACCUGGGCCAUCUGGCCAGAGCUGCCCGCCUACGGACGCAAGGCCGCUCAGUUUGUAGACCUGCUCGGCUACUUUUCCCUGAAGACCCCCCAGACCGAAAAGAAGUUAAAGGAGUAUUCCCAGAAAGCUGUGGAAAUCCUGAGGACCCAGAACCACAUCCUGACCACCCACCCCAACUCUAACAUCUACAGUACUCUGUCAGGUCUGGUGGAGUUUGAUGGUUUCUACCUGGAGAGUGAUCCCUGUCUGGUGUGCAACAACCCUGAAGUGCCCUUCUCUAACAUCAAGCUGUCGUCCAUCAAGGUGGACACCAGAUACACUACUACCCAGCAGGUGGUCAAGCUGAUCAGCAGUCACACCAUCAGUAAGGUGACGGUGAAGAUAGGAGACCUAAAGAGGACCAAGAUGUCCCGGACCAUCAGCCUCUACUACAACAAUAGGACUGUACAGGCCAUCCUUCCUCAAAAACAAGUCAGACAGAGGUCAAAUCCCUGCCGCUGGCUCAUCGUGGAGACGUCCAACCUCAUGAUCGAGUUCUCCGACUUCUACAGGUCCAUUAAUUAUGACGAGAAGGAUCCGUUCCUGUGUAACGCCUGUGGUUUCUGUAAAUACGCCACACACGACUUCAUGUUGUACACCAAGCCCUGCUGUGCUGUGGACCCAAUAGAGACCGAGGAGGACAGGAAGAAGGCUGUGGACACACCACCUAUCCUAUCCCUCCGGCAGAUCCUGGGGCUCCAGGGGCUCAUUAAGCUGUUUGAGUACAACCUGAGAAGAGGCACAUCUGCCAUGAGAGAGAGGUCAGACAACUGGUUUGCCUGCUCACCAGCCCUGAGUCUGUUCCUGAUGGCGGUGAACAUCAAGACCCCUGUGGUGGUGGAGAACAUUACCCUGAUGUGUCUCAGGAUCCUACAGAAACUCAUCAAGCCCCCUGCCCCCACCUCCAAGAAGAACAAGGAUUCUGCUGUGGAGUCUCUGACUACAGUGAAGCCCUACUGCAAUGAGAUCCAUGCUCAGGCCCAGCUCUGGCUCAAGAAGGACCCCAAAGCAUCGUAUGAAGCCUGGAAAAAGUGCCUUCCAGCAAGAUGCCAGGAGACGGCGUCUAAGCCCCAGAACAAGGCCGAGGUGCGAAGGCGUUACCUGAUGGAGAAGUAUGUGUGGAAGUGGAAACAGUUCAUGAGGUCACGCUCCGAGGGUUUGUUCCCUCGGCUCCUCAAACUGGGACACAACAAUUGGCUCAGACAGGUGCUGUUCACCCCAGCCACCCAGGCAGCGCGGCAGGCAGCCUGUACCAUCGUUGAGGCCCUCACCUCCAUCCCCAGCCGCAAGCAGCAGGUCCUGGACCUGCUUACCAGUUACCUGGAUGAGUUGAGCAUCGCGGGGGAAUGUGCAGCUGAGUAUCUGGGUCUGUACCAGAAGCUCAUCAAGCCUCCUCAAUGGAAGGUGUACCUGGCCGCCCGAGGAGUCCUGCCUUACAUCGGAAACCUCAUCACCAAAGAAAUAGCCAACCUGUUGGCUUUGGAAGAGGCCACGCUCAGCACAGACCUGCAGCAGGGAUACGCCCUCAAGAGCUUGACUGGCCUACUGUCGUCCUUUGUGGAGGUGGAGUCCAUCAAGCGUCACUUUAAGAGUCGUCUGGUGGGCACGGUGCUGAACGGCUACCUGUGUCUCAGGAAACUGGUGGUGCAGAGGACCAAGCUCAUCGACGAGACCCAGGACAUGCUGCUGGAGAUGCUGGAGGACAUGACCACAGGGACCGAGUCUGAGACCAAGGCCUUCAUGGCUGUGUGUAUUGAGACAGCCAAGAGAUACGACCUGGAUGACUACAGAACACCGGUGUUCAUCUUUGAGAGACUCUGCAGCAUCAUCUACCCGGAGGAAAACGAGGUGACAGAGUUCUUUGUUACCCUGGAGAAGGAUCCUCAGCAGGAGGACUUCCUGCAGGGCCGUAUGCCCGGUAAUCCGUACAGCAGCAACGAGCCAGGUAUCGGACCCCUGAUGAGGGACAUCAAGAACAAGAUCUGUCAGGACUGUGACCUGGUGGCCCUGCUCGAGGACGACAGUGGCAUGGAGCUUCUGGUGAACAAUAAGAUCAUAAGUUUGGACCUGCCGGUGGCCGAGGUUUACAAGAAGGUGUGGUGCCCUACCAACGAGGGAGAGCCCAUGAGGAUCAUAUAUCGUAUGAGGGGUCUCCUCGGAGACGCUACUGAAGAGUUCAUCGAGUCUCUGGACUCUACCACAGAUGAAGAGGAGGAUGAGGAGGAGGUGUAUAAGAUGGCAGGCGUGAUGGCUCAGUGUGGGGGGCUGGAGUGUAUGCUCAGCAGACUGUCUGGCAUCAGGGACUUCAAACAGGGACGACACCUGCUCACUGUGCUGCUGAAGCUGUUCAGUUACUGUGUGAAGGUGAAAAUCAACAGACAACAGCUGGUCAAACCAGACAUGAACACGCUCAACGUCAUGCUGGGCACACUCAACCUGGCGUUGGUUGCAGAGCAGGAGAGUAAGGACAGUGGAGGAGCGUCCAUAGCAGAGCAGGUCCUCAGCAUCAUGGAGAUCAUUCUGGAUGAGGCCAACGCUGAGAUCUCAGAGGACAAGGGUAACCUGUUGUUAACAGGGGACAAGGACCAGCUAGUGAUGCUGCUGGACCAGAUCAACACUCCGUUUGUCCGUUCCAACCCCAGCGUUCUGCAGGGUCUCCUACGCAUCAUACCGUACCUGUCUUUUGGAGAACUGGAGAAGAUGAGGAUCCUCGUGGAGAGAUUUAAACCGUGCUGCAGCUUCGACAAGUACGAUGAGGAGCAUAGUGCCGAUGACAAGGUCUUCAUCGACUGCUUCUGCAAGAUCACUGCUGGCAUCAAGAACAACAGCAACGGACACCAACUCAAAGACCUGAUACUGCAGAAAGGGAUCACACAGAGUGCCCUGGACUAUAUGAAGAAACACAUCCCCAACGCCAAAAAUCUGGAUGCCGACGUGUGGAAGAAGUUCCUGUCUCGCCCAGCUCUACCCUUCAUCCUCAGACUGCUUCGAGGCCUGGCCACCCAGCACCCACCUACACAGACGCUAAUCGGGACAGACUCCAUCACUAACCUUCACAAGUUGGAGCAGGUUUCUAGUGACGAGGGUAUUGGGACACUGGCAGAGAACCUUCUGGAGGCACUGAGGGAGCACGCGGAGGUCAACCUGAAGAUAGAUGCCGCUCGCAGGGAGACACGGGCCGAGAAGAAACGCAUGGCCAUGGCCAUGAGACAGAAAGCUCUGGGGACACUGGGCAUGACGACCAAUGAGAAGGGCCAGGUGGUGACCAAGACGUCGUUGUUGAAACAGAUGGAGGAGCUGAUAGAGGAGCCAGGACUGACCUGCUGCAUCUGUAGAGAGGGAUACAAGUUCCAGCCGACCAAGGUGCUGGGGAUCUACACCUUUACGAAGCGCGUGGCCCUGGAGGACUUGGAGAACAAGCCUCGCAAGCAGCAGGGAUACAGCACUGUGUCACACUUUAACAUCGUCCACUACGACUGCCACCUCGCAGCUGUCAGGCUUGCUCGUGGGCGGGAGGAGUGGGAGAGUGCUGCGCUGCAGAACGCCAACACCAAGUGCAAUGGACUGCUUCCUGUCUGGGGGCCUCACGUCCCAGAAUCGGCUUUCGCCACCUGCCUGGCCAGGCACAACACAUAUCUGCAGGAAUGUACGGGGCAGAGAGAGCCCACCUACCAGCUCAACAUCCACGACACCAAGCUCCUGUUCCUACGUUUCGCCACGGAGCAGUCCUUUAGCGUGGAUACGGGAGGGGGAGGACGAGAGAGCAACAUCCACCUCAUCCCUUACAUCAUCCACACCGUGCUCUACGUCCUCAACACUACUCGGGCUACUAGUCGUGAGGAGAAGAACCUGCAGUGUUUCCUGGAGCAGCCGUGUGAGAAGUGGGUGGAGAGCAGCUAUGAUGUGGACGGUCCCCACUACUACACAGUGUUGGCCAUGCACAUCCUAUCUCCUGAACGCUGGGGGAACACACGACUCACCUUCCUACGCAGGCUCCUCGUCUCCGUGCACGCGCGCAAGGUCUCCGCCGUCUUCACCAACAAACUCCCAGAUAAACAGUCCAAGGAAUAUGCAGUGUAUCGCUCUCCUCUCCUCUUUUGGGGUCUCGUGGAACUCAUCUAUGACAUGUUCAGGAAAGUACCCACCAACAACACGGAGGGAGGCUGGUCCUUCUCGCUGGCAGAGUACGUGCGGCACAAUGACAUGCCCAUCUACGAGGCCUCGGAGCGGGUGCUCAAGUCCUACCAGGAAGAGCUGAUGCCCGCCGAAUCCUUCUCUGAGUUCCUGGAUGUCGUUGGGCUCCUCUCUGACAUUCGGGACCCAGACGUCUUCCUGCAAGACCUGUUGAACUCUGUUCCCUGAUGGUUUUCAGUACCACCCUGCCCCCCCCCACCGAGACAAGAGCCCCACGAUGGGGGACAACGAGGGCCCACACAUUGGUCCUGCUAACGACACCUCCAUGGGACAACUCUCAACCGGAAAACCCUCGCUCCCCAACUUCUCCCUAGCUUUCUGUCAUGCACACACACACACACGCGCACAUACCGUAACAGAGACACACACACACGCACGCAUACUGUAACAGACACGCAUACCAUAACAGAGACACACACACACACACAUCUGUAUCCUAGUCUCCACCAUCUGCCAACUGUUAACUCUUUUGAAGCAGAUCUUGUAUGUGCUGUCUGAGUCAGGAGUCAGUUGGUGCAUUUAUGACCAUGUUGCUGUAACAUUUAAUACACACGGUAAACAAACCCCAUGCUUCUCUCAAAUAUUACCCACAAAAAAUGUCUGGGUUUGCAAUCUUCAAGUAACUAAAAAAAAAAUGUUUAAAAAAAACUUCUAAAAAACAACAUUGUUUUGAGAUUCGAUCGCAGUGUAUUAAGAGUGACCUGUGUUUUUCUUUGUUUGUUUUAAGAAGUUUAAGAUGAGCUCUUUUUGUUUUUGUUUGUCAUGACAAUUUAUUUGGUAUUUUCAAAAAGGGAGGCAGGAAGGAAGCUUCACAGUAGGAUCUUGAAUUAAAAUAACUAACCCUGUUGUCAGAUACUAUUCUCCUGACUACCAGAUCUCUCUGUGCUGACAGUAGAUCUAGAAGGAAAAUGUACUAAUGUAGGGUUGGUUUCUCUUCUCGGUGACAAGAAUCAGAUGAAAUGAGAAAAGAACAACAACAAAAAUCUAUCUGUUGAGCCCUCCCUCCCUCCCCGGUAACUCGAGUUCUAAUAAACCUGAUUGGUUAUUCAUGCUCCAGUGAAACGUCACCAUUUUACGACAUUGUCCCAAAUGAAUAAUACUAACAAUAAAAACGGGGCCUUGCAUCCUUUCCUUUGGAUUCGACACACUUCUCUCUCUUUAUGGUGUUAUGUUUUCUGGUUGAUUUUGGUUGUUUCUGGUAAAGCAAGGUGCCGCUGAGUUCUUCAAACCCUGAUGAUUUAAAUGGAUUAAUUACAUCUCUUUAAUAUAUAGACGCCCGCGUCCAUCGCGACACGUGAAAACGGAGUCUUCAGAGCUGAUGGUGUGGAGUUUAAACAUUUUAAAAUACCCCAAUUUAUAGUGUUACUUUCUCUCGUCGGCCUAUUACCGCUGCUACAAUGUUCAACUGUUGCUGAAUGUCUGCUUUUUGGGGGGGUUAGCAAUGAUUAAUAAAGUCGUGAUAGUAAUUCCACAUCCA